UAGGAUAUAUGCAUGAUGUAUAUUCAAGAUAAAUUGCUUGGAGUUCAAAAACUAUAAGUCUUUGGAAGUUUUGCCUCAUGGGGAUUAUAACACUAUGAAAAUAAUUAUAUUUUGGAAAUAGUAUAAAGUUUAAUGAGAGAAAAUACCAAACCAUAACCCUAUUGCUCUUUUCUGUAGUUCCUCCUGCUUUCAUCCCAGUGGUAUGUACCAAUAACACAGAGCAAGGACAACUCCAAGAUUGCUUUUCCGAUUUGUGACUUAGACCCUGGAGUAGAAGGCAAAACUGCCUGCAUUUUUCUUCAGCAGUGUGUUUGGCUGGUCUAGACUAUCCAGAGGAAUUACAAUGAUGGAGCAAUCAGAAGAAGUGAUUCAUCUUUAACAGUACACCAGAGAGAAUGGAAGCCUCCAUCUUAUUUAACAUUACCUCUACAAUGUACAUGCUGUUAGGUGCAGGAGCAAGAAAAUCAAAACUAGACCAUAUUCCCUGCUUCCAAGGUUAAAGACUUUUCAGACAAAAUUUGAGAAAAUUACUAGAAGACAAGCUCUACAGAAAAUACUAAAAGUUCUACAGACUGAAGGAAAAUGAUCCUAGAAGAAAGCAUGAAAUGACAGAAAGAAUGACAAGCACCAGAAAGGUGGCCCACUCUAUUCUCGGAUUGGCUUAAUUGGAGAAACCCUUCUCCUGAGCCAAAAGCUGCCUCCCCCAAUUCCGUCCCGCCGGCCUCUCUGCUCCGGAGACUCCCGGGCCAGCGACCACCUCCUCCUGCAGUCAGUCAGGACCGCACCGGUCCGCGGCAGAGCCAGACUUCUCCUCCUCCUCGGCGACGCACAGACGGGAGCGCGGCGUCCGGCCCCCGGCCCCCAGCAGCCGCCCGGUCCGCGUCCACGCUGCUCGGAGCCCCCGGUUUGUGUGGCCCUGUUAUUUAUUCCGCUGAAGAACCGCCGCACAACGCCACCUCCAAACAAGUCUGAAGGCGUUUCGGGGGAGAUGUUGGGGACUCUGGAUCUCCUACGACCCCGCCAGGUACCCCAAGUACCUGCCCGAGGCCUACUGCCUGUGCCGCGGCUGCCUGACCGGGCUGUUCGGCGAGGAGGACUUCCGCUUCCGCAGCGCGCCGGUGUACGUGCCCGCCGUCGUGCUGCGCCGCACGGCCGCCUGCGCCGGGGGCCGCGCGGUCUACGCCGAGGACUACGUCACCGUCCCGGUGGGCUGCACCUGCGUCCCCGAGCCCGAGAAGGACGCGGAGAGCAUCAACUCCAGCAUCGACAAACAGGCCGCCAAGCUGCUGCUCGGCCCCAACGACGAGCCCGCCCGGCCCUGAGCCCGCUCGUGCCCGGGCUCCCGAAGGGGCGUCGCCGGCACCAGACUCGAGGCCUGGCUUUCCACCCAGCAGUUAUUAGGGUCAGCCGACGCGGGCAUGUCCCUGGCUUGCUUUUUAGGCUAACGUGGGUAGAGUCGUUGACAGCUGAUGGGAGGUGACCGGGCAUGGGCACCCUGCGGGCGGCCCGCGCCAGGCCGGGUUGGGCACAGUCCCCCGCGCUCCUCGCGGACGACCCGGCUGAGCCGCCCAGCGUGUGGCUCCCACGACUGGGCGCUCUGAGGGGGAGAUGGAGGCGUACGUGCUUUUUAAAGAAUUUUUUUUUAAGUAGAGCAACUAUACCCACUUUUUAACUCAACUGUUUUUUGAAUAGAGGCAGAAACUAUUUUUAUAUUAGCAAUUUAGAGCAACUGUAUUAAAACUUUUACUUGACAUAUAAACAUUUUAUAAGCAUUCCGUUUUCCUUCCCGUGGUAGAAUUUUUUAGACGCAUCAUUGGAAUCCUCGAUGAACUCUUUCUAGCUGGCAGCGUGGCCUGGGUCUCUGAAUUCAGCCUCUCACCCAUGGCUGAGGACGCCGAAAUGGACACGCGUGAAUGGGACCGACGAUUGUUUCCACUGAGGGUCUUCAGAGGCCACCAGGUGAAUGAACGGGCUGCACAGGCAGCUCAUGCGAUCCCAGAAUGGGCUAAGAAGUCCAGAAAUCUCAAACUUGCUUUUAGUUAUCAGUACAUAAAUGGUCUCAGACUUACACAAUCUAAAUUUUUGUUUUUUUCAGUUUUGAAGGCCACUGGGGCCAAUUUGUGAAUAAGAGGUGAUGAGAUAAAUAAGAGGUGGAAUGUGACAUCUUUGCCAAUUCUUAGGAACAAUCCAAGCAAGUAAUGGCUUAGUUGUAAGGGUUUUGGAUUAGGCCGAAUAUGAGGAGAGAGUGGGCCAAUUUGGAAUUUCCAGAGAUCAAUACUGUGGCUUCUUUUUCUACCAAUUGCAAUGUGAGCUAAGUCCUUACUCUUUUCUUUAGGUUGAAAGUCUGUCCUUGAACACAAUUAUCUGUAAAAUUAUUAGACGUUCUUUUUAAAUCAUUAAACAAUUAUUAUAGGUGAAGGA